GAGACAUGGCAGUAUUAAAUCCAGUGAAAAACCAACUCAGAUCUUUCCAAUUCUCUUGACAUAAGCACAAAAACUGAUCCCAUUUUAUUCUGUUGGGAGUUUUUAUCUAUAAGAUUGUUCCCUUCAUCUCUUCUUGUUCCUGCAAGUGCGCUUGUCUCUUUUUUCAUGUUUAACUCAAGAUUUCUCCUUGCCAGGUCUUUUUACUCUAGAUGGUCUUUAUUUUUCUGUCUUGUUCAACUAUUAUGAAAUUCUAGCCAUAUAUUAGUGUGUUGAUGAUUUUUUUAUAGACUUGAAAUAUAUUUGGUUUCUGUAACACCUGCAGUUAUUAUGCUUUUCAAAACCUUUCUUGUUUCAUGAUACUUUGUUGUAGUCUGCUGAAAAUUUUUGAGGGUAUUCUCAGUUUUUGGCCAUAGAUUGUUUUUACCAUAAAAGGCCUAUCUUGGUUUGAGUUUUUCUUGAAGUGAGUUCUUUGGGAAAGAUGGAAACUUGGGCAUUCUUGAAUUGUAUAGGAAUUUGUUUGUUAAUCCUCUUUCAGCCUGAGAGUUGCAUGGCUAGUGUUCAGAAGAAGGGUAGUUUACCAUUAGGUUUUCGAGGGGAUCAAAUGCAUUGGAUUGAUAAUAAAGGGGUGAUUCUGUUGUCCAACAAUUCGGAUUUUGGCUUCGGGUUCAUUACAACUGAUGAUGUUACUUUGUUUCUAUUGGCUAUUGUUCAUUUAAGCAGUUCUACAACUAUUUGGUCUGCCAAUAGAGACAAUCCUGUUAGAAAUAAUGAUUACUUUGUGUUUAAUGAGAGUGGCAACGCUUACUUACAGAGUGGUGAGUCUAUAGUUUGGGCUACAAACACAGUCAACAAAGGGGUAUCUGUUAUGGAAUUGCAGAACUCAGGUAAUCUUGUUUUACUUGCGGAUGAUGGUAGUCCAAUCUGGCAGAGCUUUAGCCAUCCGGCUGAUACUCUUUUAUCCAACCAGGGGUUUAGUGAAGGAAUGAAACUUGAAAGCAAUCCGGGGCCUAAUAAUCAGAGCUACUUUCUUGAAAUGAAAUCUGGAGAUAUGCUGCUUUAUGUUAAUUAUGGAAAACCUCAGCCUUAUUGGUCUAUGGGGCAGGACAAUCGAAAAAUCAUCAACAAAAAUGGCGUUGGCGUCACUCUUGCAGCUCUUGAUGCCAAUUCAUGGAGAUUUUAUGAUAAGAACAAAGCUUUGCUUUGGCAAUUUGUUUUCUCAAACAGUGAUAGAAAUGCUACUUGGGCUGCAACUUUAGGAGGUGAUGGAUAUAUCACAUUCUCUACUCUCGAAAGCGGAAGCUUGAAAAUUGAUGCCCCGAUAAAAAUUCCUGCUGAUUCUUGCAGCAGACCUCAAUCUUGUAAUCCAUAUCAAAUUUGUAGUACUAACAAUUGUCAAUGCCUUGAUGCUCUAGCCUCUCAACCAAAUUGCAGACCUAAUGUUUCACCUUCAUGUAAUGAACCAAAUGGCUCUAUGGAGCUUUUAGAUGCUGGAGAUGGCCUUGACUAUUUUGCUCUUGGGCUUGUUCCACCCUCUUCCAAGACAGACUUGAAUGGUUGCAAAACCUCUUGCCUUGAUAACUGUUCAUGUCUUCUUCUGUUUUAUGAUGGCAAAUCUGGAGAUUGCUUUCAUUUCGAGCAUGUUGGAAGCUUAAAAAGUUCAAAAGAAAAGGGAUUUGUCUCGUACAUAAAGAUCUCAGCUACUGAUGCCGGUGGUGGAGAUUCUAGUAGUGGUGGAAGCAGCAAGAAACGUGCUGUGAUUGUUGCCACAAUAGUUAUUGGGACAAUACUUGUUGUUCUUGUUCUACUUUUUGUAGGAAUUCGUCAAUUCAAGAAGAGUAAUGAUCUUCCUGAGUCUCCUAAAGAAAAUUCAGAAGAGGACAAUUUCCUGGAAAGUAUAUCUGGCAUGCCAGUUCGUUUUAGUUACAAAGAUCUUCAAGUUGCGACCAAGGACUUCUCUGCAAUACUUGGUCGAGGAGGCUUUGGUUCUGUUUAUGAAGGAAUUCUUCCAGAUGGAACCCGUUUGGCUGUGAAACAACUGGAAGGCAUUGGUCAAGGUAAGAAAGAAUUCCGAGCUGAAGUUAGUAUCAUUGGCAGCAUUCACCAUUUACACUUGGUGAGACUGAAAGGCUUCUGUGCAGAAGGUGCACACAGACUUCUUGUUUAUGAAUUCAUGGGAAAUGGUUCACUAGAAAGAUGGAUCUUUAAAAAAAACAAAGAGGAUGUGUUGGAUUGGGAUACGAGAUACAGUAUUGCUGUAGGUACGGCAAAAGGAUUAGCUUAUCUCCACGAGGACUGCGAUGUAAAAAUUGUGCACUGUGAUAUUAAGCCAGAAAAUGUACUUCUAGAUGACAAUUUCCUUGCCAAAGUAUCCGACUUUGGUCUUGCCAAACUAAUGAGCAGAGAGCAGAGUCAUGUGUUUACAACAUUGAGGGGCACUAGAGGGUACCUUGCACCGGAAUGGAUCACCAACUAUGCAAUCUCUGAAAAAAGUGAUGUUUAUAGCUACGGAAUGGUUUUACUGGAGAUCAUUGGAGGUAGAAAAAACUACGAUACAUCAGAAACUUCAGAGAAAUCACAUUUUCCAUCUUAUGCCUUUAGGAUGAUGGAAGAAGGCAAAUUAACAGACAUUCUUGAUGCAAAUUUGCACAUGGCAAAAUCAGACCCAAGGGUUAUGGUAGCAAUCAAGGUUGCUUUGUGGUGUAUACAGGAUGAUAUGUAUCAUAGACCAUCAAUGACAAAAGUAGUACAAAUGCUUGAAGGGUUAUCUCCUGUUCCUCCACCACCAAUGUCAUCGCAAAUGAAUUCCCGCCUGUAUUCAAAUUUCUACAAAUCAAUCAGUGAAGAGGGGACGUCUUCUGGUCCAUCAGAUUGUAAUAGUGAUGCAUAUCUUUCUGCAGUAAGACUUUCAGGUCCCAGAUGACAUCAAUUUAAACUAGUAUGUCUUUCGUCUAUUAAGGUUGUUUUUGUAUAUUUGGUAUAUUACUUGAAAUUUUUACUACUAGCAUUUAUAUAAGAAUAUGUUAUAUUCCUGAUCAUGCAAC